AUGGAACAUUGGAGAGCGGAAAGUGAGUCGGCGCAACUGCUAGAAGGCAUGUCGGAGAGUGAAACUCACUUCUGUACGGCUUCGUCACCCUCAACUCGCACAUACAACUACACCAGCACUCGGAGGUCAGGAAACACUAUCUAUACGAACGAACACUUCUCUUCCAAUGUCUUACGUACUUUUGCCAACAUGCGCAAAGAAGGACGCUUUUGUGAUGUAGUGCUGAUAGCAUCAAUGAUUAAGGAAGAUAGCGCGGAAAGUGAAGGAGUUCGAAAUAUUCGAAUCAAAGCUCAUCGAGCUGUACUUGCUGCAGGAUGUCCUUAUUUCAGUGCUAUGUUCAAUAGUGCAAUGAAGGAGUCCAAGCUAGAAUGCAUCACCAUAAAGGCAAUCGAUGGAAGUUCACUGAUUGAGCUUGUUGAUUAUUUGUAUUCAGGUCAGCUGCUUAUCAGUGUGCGAAAUGUACAAAAUUUACUGACAGCUGCUUCCUUGCUUCAGUUGAUAUGUGUACGUGAUGCAUGUUCCCGUUUUCUUUUGGAGCAGCUCGAUCCAUCGAAUUGUCUAGGCAUAGAACAAUUUGCUAUUACUCAUAGUUGUACGCAACUUGCACAUUCUGCGACAACAUUUGUUCAGCAACAUUUCAGUCAGUUGGUUAAAUACGAUGAAUUUCUGGCUCUUAGUAAAGAUGAAGUUAUCCGAAUCAUUUCUUUAGAUCAGUUAACGACUACGGGUGAAGAUAAAGUGUAUGAAGCUGUUGUGCGUUGGGUAAUGCACGAUUUGGAAAAUCGCAAAAGUGCAUUUCCUGAAAUUUUAUCUCAUGUCCGAUUAUCUUUAUUGCCUCGUGACUAUUUAACUGAUAGAGUUGAUCCUGAUUGUUUAAUUCGACAGAGUUCAGAAUGUAAGGAUUAUCUUCUCGAAGCUUAUCGCUAUCAUUUGAAAGAUGAGAAAGUUGAAGAAACUGAACGAAACCGUCCAAGGCAACCGAUUCCAUUGUCUAAGCUAAUAAUGCUCAUUGGUGGUCAAGCACCUAAAGCAAUUGCUAAUGUAGAUGUUUUCGAUUUGGACUCUUUACGAUGGAUAUCAUUAAGUGACCUACCGCAGCGUCGUUGCCGUUGCGGUGGAUUUAACGGUUCGCUACGUGUUAGAUCUGUUGAUGCUUAUGAUUUUCAUACUGAUACGUGGUUUGCUGCUCCAUCUAUGGAUGCGAGAAGAAGUACACUAGGCGUGGCAGUCAUUGAUCAGUUGAUGAUAGCAGUAGGUGGUUUUGAUGGUUCGACAGGUUUAAGUUCAGCCGAAGCUUUCGACCCUCGCCAAGGACAAUGGAUGCCUCUUCCAUCGAUGACGGUGCGUCGAUCCUCAGUCGGUGUGGCAGCCCUUGGUGCCUCAGUCUAUGCCGUUGGUGGUUAUGAUGGCAAUACGAGAAACUGUUUGGACUCAGUUGAAAUUUAUGAGCCGCGAGCCAACAGAUGGCGGUCUGGACCAAGUUUGACAUCCAGACGUUCUGGUGCAGGUGUAACAGUGGUAGGUGAUCGUCUCGUCGCAAUCGGAGGUCAUGAUGGUCCAGUAGUUAGGGAGUCAGCUGAGAUUCUUAAUUCUGAUUGCUGGACGUUGCUACCCGACAUGAAUGAAUGUCGGCGUAACGCAAGUGACGAUGGGACAUCAAACUUAAGUUCAAUCGAAUUCUUGACUGUUUCUUCACUGGAGCAACAAUUCUGGACUCAUCUCAGCGUAUCGACAAAUCAACCAAGAUCAUAUGCAGGCAUUGCGCUUUUGCCGAAAACUGCUUGA